GUGUUCUUGGACUCAAUAAAACAAGUCCAAGAACAACUUAUAUGAGUUGUUAAAGGUCUUGAACCUUGUGUAUCAUUAAUUUUUUUAGGGCAUUAUUGUGAGAGCAAUAGAGGUGUUCACAUCCGAGUUGAGUGCUUCACAUCGUACACUAACUAUGCUGUGAUCAACACAUUUACAAUUUUAUUUACAUUCGAGUGCUCAUAUUUUUAUUACUUUGAGCACAUUUACAACAUAGUCUUCAUAUAACCAACCAGCGCACAACCAGUUUUGAUAGACCGUGAUAUCAUUUUGAGAAUAUAAUAUAAGUAACGUGUAUUAAUUUAGUUUUGAUCGCGAGUCGAGUUAAGCGGUUCAUUUCAGUGUAAAGUUUACAUUGAAACAGUUAUGGAGUCGAUACCACAAGACUCGAUAUUUGAAUUUAAUCCCGACACGCUCCUGUAUUUGAGGAAACAGUAUGAUUUGGACAAACCCGGGAGGAUUGAUGAAGCCAUCAACAUUUUGGAGGAGUGGAUACAGAAGCAGAAUCAUUUUGUGGUUAAAGAAUUUCCUCGGGACUACUUAGAGAGGUCGAUCAUUAUAAGCAAGGGAUCAGUUGAACGCGCCAAGAAAAAACUGGAUAAAAUAUGCAUGUUUAGGACUACACUUCCUCAUUUCUUUGAAGAAUUUGAUGUGAAAAAUUGUGAAUUAUUGAAUGAUAUGUAUGGAAGUUUUCUUCCCAAACUUACUAAGGAUCAUUAUAGAUUGUAUUUUUUCAAAGGCAAGGCCAAAACAAUUAAAUCGGGAUUGCUUGAUUGUUAUCGUUUCUUUUUUAUGCAAUGUGAAUACAUCCAAGCCCACGACUACUGUAACGGAAUAGUGGCAGUAGUAGAUUAUUCAGAAGCUAACCUGCUGGAAGUACUCAAAUGGUUCAACGCGGUUGAUUUACGGGAAGCAAUUACGAUCAUAAAGGAAGGAUAUGGAUUAAGAAUAAAAGGGAUACACCUUGUAUCCCCUUCGAAAGCCAUAGAAGCGGUUGUCGCAAUUUUCAAACAAGUACUAAGUCCUAAGCUUGCUGGACGUUUACAUGUGCACAAAACUAUGGAUGACAUAGGGAAAUAUAUAGACAAAGAUACUAUUCCAGCGGAAUAUGGUGGCAAUGAGAAAUCCAUGCUAGAAUUACAUAAAAAGAACGUAGAUGUGUUAACUUCAGAUGAUUUCACUGCAUACCUACGAGGAAUGAGACAGGCGUGUACCAACGAAAAAUUAAGACUAUCAACAGGCGAAGCUGAUCAGUAUUUGGGGAUAUCAGGAUCAUUUCGAACGCUUAGCGUUGAUUAGGAUAAGCCUGAGAUAAUAAAGGGUGCAAAAGUAGCAUGGUACGAUGGCAACCAGCUCCGACUUGUAGGCAAAUCAGAGUCGGACUUUUAGUCAAGAGAAAUCGUACGCAAGUAUCGCCUUGCAGUACGUCUAGUCGUGUAAAUGUAAUCCUAUAAGGGCUCCGUUUUUCCUUUUGAGUUACGGAACCCUAUAAGCCCUAAUAAUUGACGUCACAUAUAAAAAAAGUGAAUUGUAUGACAAAUCAGGUAUCAGUAGAAAAGGCAUUCCGAAUCAGUGGUAGAUCAUUUGACGAUUCAAAAGUACUUGUAAAAGUCUAAUUGAAAAAAUAUUUUUUCAAGAACUUUUAUUUUUAAUCGCACACGUAUAUUUUCUUUUUGUAUGUAGCCGCUUAGUUGCCAUCGCCUUUGCGUUUUGCGUACUUCAGGCUUUAAGGUUAAUGGAAUCCACUGAUGUUCUAACUUUACAAGGUUGUGGUGCUUAAAAAUAAUAACAUUAAUUUCAUAAAGCACAGGAUAACCCAAAUACAAAAAUGUUAUUUAUUUAAAAAAUUGAAAUACAAACACUUGGGUGUGUGUUAAGUUUACGU